AUGGCAACUGCAACGGCGAACGGAGCUGUGGCAACUAGCACAGGUUGUGGAACCGCAGCCCAGUACGAAAUUCCUGUCAAAGAUGCAUCAUGUGCGGUUCCCAACACCGACAAAUACAAAGGACUCCUUUCAAAAUGCGCGAAGCCCGCAGGGGUAGCUGCCUAUAAUGACGACUGCGCUAUCUACGCUCUGGCCGUGGAUCAAUCAGUUCAAGAUCUUACCGACUGCCUUUACAAAGCUGGCGUCGCCUGGAAAGACGUGUGGUGUCACGGAGAAACUAAUGCCACUGCAACGGCCACCUCGUACCCGACUGCAUCGGAAAUCUCUCUGACAUCAUCCACCGACAAGACAUCAUCAGGUACAUCGACGGAGAGCGCGGCGACUAGCACAAGUACCUCUGGGGCGAAUGCCUCUUUGCCCAAGGCCCAUACCAGCUUGAAGACUGUCAUGCUUCUUUCAACUCUGUUUGCCUCUGCCGCUUUUAUUGGAAUUUGA